AUGGCGUCUGUUCCUUCCAUUUGUAGGAAGGGGGGUCGAGUUGGGCUCAACAUGAACCUGCCGCUCUGACACUCCGGGCUGGGACAAGCAGGCAGCAGCCGGCCGGCCGCCCCCCGAGCAGCAGUCACACAGGGGAACCCGCCUGGAGUGCUUUGACCAUCAGCAACAAGUUACUACCUGGGUGCUGAAGCGCUCAUGGCUGUCGCUUACGGAGCCGUCACCCAGCCGGGCCUGCUCUCCCAGCAGUACCGCCCACCCCUGCUGCCCAAGCCCGGAAAGGACAACGUUCGACUUCAGAAACUCCUCAAGAGGAGCGCCAAGAAAAAAGCCUCUGCUCAGGCGUCACAGUCCGCUGCACUUUUCCGCUCCAGCCUUUCCCCUGUGAACGAAGCAAGCCCUGACCUCGAGCACAGCGACCACUCAACCCCUCCAAGGACUCCAGAGACACCGUUCAGCCUCUACAGUGUCCACCAGCCUUCACGGUUCACCGUCAGGCCGCUUUAUCAACAUGUGGCGUCCCCUUACCCGCAGCGUGCAGCUUAUGGCAGAGCAUCGAGGUUCUCACCUCAGACGGUGGCGAUGCCGUCGUACUCCUACUCGCAGCACGUCACCACGAUUUCUUCAUAUUCUGCACAGGCCCACCUUUCUGGAGGCUCACCAGCUCAGGGGCCAGUCACGCAGCUGGCGGUACCCAAAAUAUCUGAGGCAACAGUACCAGCUGCUGAGGUGAAAAAGCCAGCAUUUAGCACAUUUGCUGAAGGACCUUCUGCAGGUGCUGAAUCGACCCCACAGCCAAAACACAGUCCAGGUUUGACUCCUUAUCAAGCACCUGGGGGGCAAGCUUUGAUUCGUCCUCUUACAGUGUUGACUCCGCUUGUCAAAUCCAAAAGUCCACGUCCAACAUUCAAAGCAACCGAACGUUCAAGAUCGCCCAGACCGAUGUUUGACGUCCCUCAGAUUAGGAUGUACACGGCGAGCACAUCGUACUACGAGACGUCAAGGACACCACCGGUGUAUGACUCGGCUGGAUUAACUGCGAUCGGCAGCACAGCGCCUCAAAGUAAAACAUCAACAGAAACGAAACAAGAUCUGACUCCUUUGUUGGGCACAGAUCGCCAGAGAAGAACACCGACUUUAGAACCUAAAAGAGGCACUACACCAACUGCAGAGAUAAAUGCAAUCGCAACUCCUGCAUCUGAAGUCAAAAGAGCUACUCCAACACCUGAAGUCAAAAGAGCAACUCCAACAUCUGAAGUCAAAAGAGCUACUCCAACAUCUGAAGUCAAAAGAGCAACUCCAACAUCUGAAGUCAAAAGAGCUACUCCAACAUCUGAAGUCAAAAGAGCAACUCCAACAUCUGAAGUCAAAAGAGCAACUCCAACAUCUGAAGUUAAAAGAGCUACUCCAACAUCUGAAGUUAAAAGAGCUACUCCAACAUCUGAAUUCAGAGUUAAAACACCAACUUAUGAGUUCCAAUCAAGAGCUUCAGCAGGACGGCCUAGAACUCCGGGCUACAAUAAGGGUCGGGCUGCUACGCCCGUGUUUGAAAUCUCAAGACCCAAUCCUCUCUUGUUUGCGGUAUCGCCAAUCACAGUCGAGCCAGAGAGGUCUAGAACGCCCAAAACAGUUUCUCCUGUGAGCAGUUCCUCUGUUCCACAAAGUGUGACGGCUACUCACCCGAAGCCUACUGAGGCAAUACCGAAUGGGGACAUUCAUUUAGACUUGACGCCGGCAGCUAAACCAGUCCAAAAAAGUAUUGCAAAGUCAAAAUCAGAGCCUGAUCUGACAAGAGAAAAGAUCCCAACUACUCCAGCUGGUUCUCAAAGGCUCUCCAAAGCUCCUACAAUUGAGCCACCAGCAGUGACUUCUCACGACUAUCAGAGGCCUAAGACUCCAACAUACGAGGCAUCCAGACUUAUGACCACAUCACCUGGCUAUAAAAGACCAAAGACACCAACAUAUGGGACAUCGCCUUCUGGUGUAUCACCUGUAGCCUUUCAGAGACCUAAAACUCCAACCAAGGUGGCUCAAAAACCAAAGUCUGGCUACCGCGGAUUGACACCGGCUGAAUAUGCUGCUUAUGGUGGAAUCAAAACGUUCUCUCCAGCAUUUGGUGUCAUCAGUUCUAAGACGCAAACUGAAGAAGAGGUUGCAAAAGAGGAAUCAGCAGAAUGUAAAACACCCAUCCAAGAACCGUCUGCGAAGGGGGAAUCUACAGCAGAGGUGUCCAAAGUCAAAGAAACCCUCAAAGACAUUGAUAAACCCCAGCUGAGAGAUAUGAAAGUUGCCUCCAUGCCCUCGAUCCCGAUUAUUAUUGUUUCGCAAGCAUCUGACACCCCAGGAACACAAGAGACGGUCUCCAGUCAGGUUGCAGCAAAACAAGAUAAAACUGUGAUUCGAGAAACACCAAAGGUUAAACCUCCAACAGCGGUGGUGAAAGCUCCUGAGAAACAGAAGGUUGAAACUAAGGUUCAAGAAGUCGCCAAACCAAAGACGAAAACUCCUGAAGUCAAACAUCCUCUGCCCAAAGGUGACGACCAGGAUCCUUUGAAGUCAGUGAGAAAACUUUUAGGCAAAGACAAAGUCCAGACUGCCGAGCAGAAAUCAGCUGUGGUGUCAGAUCAAAAAGAGCUGGUGAAACCUGCAGCUGCCACCAAGACUAAAGCCGAAGCCUCAAAGACAACCACCGCAGCGCCUGCUUUGCCUGUUAAGGCUUCUGCUGUUGAGUCAACAGGAAGUGAAGACAAAGGAAAAGACAAACCUGCACCUCAAAAAAAGGAAGGUGAUGAAUCCCUACCAGCAGCCGAGCCACUUCUUAAAGCCAUGCAAAAGCCGAAAGGGAUGAAAUCUAAAUUGAGCGGUUGGUCCCGACUCAAGAAGCACAUGGUGGUGGAACAGGAGGAGCCCAAGUUUCCAGAGAUUGGCUCUCAGAAGGAGGCCACCGAGCAGGACCAGAGCGAGGUGAAAAAGGCAGAUGAGAAGGCCAGCGACGCUCCUGACGCUCUUACGGACGAGAACCAAACCAAAGACGCUCCCAAGGCAACGAAAAUGUGGGACGCCGUCCUCUUCCAGAUGUUCUCCACCAAAGAGAACAUCAUGCACCAGAUCGAGUUAAACAAAAGCGAGGUGGAGAAGAAGGAAGAGACGAUAGACGAGAUGAAAGAGAUACCUUCGUUUGCGUUCCGGCUGCCGGUGCUGCUCUUUAGUCCAAAGUUUGACGCGAAAAGGCUCAAAGAGGCAGCCUCGAGGCCGGUGACGAAAAUAUCAACAGUUUUUGAAAUGGGUCUGAUUGGGCGGAAAGGUAAAGAAGAGGAACCAAAAGACUUUAACAGAAAGGCAAGGGGGUUCACUGCUACUUAAGCUACUAUAAUAUAUAUAAUAUAAAGUGCCAAGACGAAAAUGUAAAGAAAAAAAAGUUAUGACUAUAUGUUUAAUGUACAGGUGUAGAAAUCUUAGCAACAGAAAUAAUGUACAGGUCUGGAUUCUUAGUCUCUGUGUUUAACAAAUGUAGAAAACUCGGCUUGAACUUUAUACUUGACAAAAAGCUUUGUGUUGCUUUUCUUUUGCGUGACUGGUUGUCUGGAUGUUUGUAUUUGUGGAUUUAGCUGGAAAAGCAAGAGAGUUACAUUUGUCUUAAAGUCAUUCAGAUCGUCACAUCGGAUUAAAGCGUUUAUGUUUUAAGUAAUUUCGGAGCUUCUCAUUUGUUCCUUUCAGCACAUGUUCACAAUAAAUAUAGAUUAAAUAUAGAGUUUAAAACAUUUGGUUCUUGUAAAGGAAAUCUGUCUGUGAAACCGAGACUGUGAUUGUUAUUAUUUAGAUUUAGUUAUUUAUGCUUGAAAGUUGCUUCUAGUGGAUAAUUUACAGAUAUUUCAUACAAAUAUCUGUAUUUUUAUGGACAGAAUUGAAAAACUUAAUGAUUUUAAGACAAAUCACAUGUGAAAAUUCUGUUUCUCUUAUGUGACAAUCAUUCAAAUAUCCAGUUCUAUUCAAAAUGGUGCUACUUGCCUCAGGGUGAGACCUCUCACUAGAUAAUGGAUGUGUAACGUAGAGUGUAACAGGAUCUUUUUAGGCUGUAGAUGGUUCGUGUUUUGUGAUUGAACCGUCUUAAAGUCACAACGAAACAACAUUUUAAGAGCAUAUUCAUUUCAAUUAAAGGGAAAACACCCAUCAGAUCUUCCUAAUAUUGAGUUUCAGUCAAUUUGAAAGCCUCUUUUCGUCCUUUCGUAAGACGCUGUAAGUUUCCCUCAGGCGUAAUUUCUGGACGCACAGAGCUCUGCGGUCAAGUUAGCAACAAUAACAUGUUCGGUUAAGUCACCAAUAACAAAAACUGUGUGGUUUCGUUAAGUUUACCUGCUUGCUUAGGAUCAGGAAAAGGUCGUCAAUUACGUACCUGACACGUAACUUUAGUAUGAAAUGUAUCUUAUGUAACGUACGUGAACACACUUCAAACACGUUUUUGGUCUCAAACGGGACACAAACAUUCAUUCCACCAUCUUUCCUCUCUAUAUUUAUUCUACGUCACAUGACUUUGACGGCGGGCGCGUCCAGAAGUGGCGCCUGAGGGAAACCUACAGCGUUACAUUUGGGAUUCGGAGGCGGAGAGUAAAAUACUGACACAAGCUGCAGUAUUUGACGAGUUGGGAGUGAGAUCGGGUUGUACGUACAACAUAAAGAGUCCCGCCCCUUUUUGGAACCUCGGGCAACUUCCUCCUUUCCUGUACUUAGAUAUGCUACAUGCUACGCUAAUCUGUGUUUAAAAGACAACCACAUUUUGAAGAUGGUUAAAAGAUAUAAGCUAAAUAUAUAUAUAUAUAGUCACAUCUUAAUCUAGUUUUGCUAACAUUAGCUAACUUAAGAUGUGACUGUAUAUAUGCCACCUUUAUCUUUUAACCGUUUAUCUAAUAACUAAUGUUAUUAGGUAGCUAGUUACAUCUGAUUACUAAUGUGCACUAUUUUAAUAGCUACGGUUGAGCUUAAACAAGUUAAAGCAACAGCAAUGAACUCGAGUCAAGAAGUCAUGAAGCUUUAGUAUUUCUAACGCGUCGUUUCAUUGAUUUCAAGGGGAAUCCAAUCUGACAUUAAUAAUAACAAUAACGAAAUGUUUGAUUUCAUUGUGACUUCAAGAUGGCCGCUGAGCUAAAAGCUUCUGUAAGUUGUUAGAGAAGAACAAUGAAGAGCAGCGUCCGCCAUGAUGGAGGACGGUGGGGUAGUGAACCGUGGGGUCAAAGGUCGAGAGACACAAACAGCCAAUCCAAACUUUAUUCUUCUAGUUUUAUUUCUGAAUGUUUGUUUUCUAUUGUUCUUUCUAAUGAUUUGUGAUGCGUGUGCUGGAUUAAAUGUAGAUUUUCUGUGACUCUCAGAAUAAAUGUGCAGUUUCCCUCUUUGA